UUUUUUUUUUACUACAAACCAGUGAAGAUGACGCCAAAACAUGAAAAACAGGAAUUUGUAACUGUCUUGGUGCGAGACCCCAGGAUACAGAAAGAAGACUCAUGGCAUUCUUACAUAGACUAUGAGAUAUUUAUUCACACAAACAGUAUAUGCUUUACAAGGAAAACAUCCUGUGUUAGACGACGCUAUCGAGAAUUUGUUUGGCUCCGGCAGAGGCUUCAGAGCAAUGCAGUGCUUAUACAGCUACCUGAACUGCCAUCCAGAACUCCGUUUUUCAACAUGAACAAUCCUAAUCACGUAGACCAUCGCCGUCAGGGUCUACAAGAAUUCCUGGAAAAGAUCCUACAAGAUGCAUUAUUGCUCUCAGAUAGUAGGCUGCACCUCUUCCUACAGACUCAGCUAAGCCCAGAGGACAUGGAGGCCUGUGUGUCUGGGCAGACCAAAUUCUCUGUUGCUGAUGCCAUUCUCAGUUUCGCCUCUCUGAACAGACGUUUUCCUAUAGAAGAUGAAGAAGAAAAAAAAGGAAAAAACGAUGCAGACUCUGAUUCAGAGAGUUCAUCCUCCGGGCUCGGACCUAGUGAUGACAGCAUUUCAUGUGGAUGUAAAGCAAGCCCAGCUUCUGAAGAAUCAUGAAGAAUCAUUCCUGUAUUGCUACCUUAAGGACAGCACAGAGCAGUUUCUGCUUUGUUUACUGGUCAUGUGUAUACCACACAAGCAGGGCUGUCUGGUAACAUGAAUCUAAAAGACCCGUUGUUAAUGCAACCAUAUGUCCUUACAAAAUACUCAAAACAGACCUAUCUUUUUGGUGAUUUUUUU